AUGAAAGUUUGGAAUAGUUUAAAUAAAAGGAUAAAUAGUCCAUAUAUUGAUACUAAUAUAAAAGUUAUAAAAAAAAAAAUAAAUAUUUUCUCCAAUUUUAGCACUAUUAUUAAGACUAAUAAUAAUGAAAAUAAUAGUAUAAUAAAUAAAAGAAGGCAUUGUACAUAUUCAAUGUACAAUACUCGUCUUAAUAAUUAUCCUGUAGAAAAUAAAAAUAAGUGUUUUAAAAGUUUUGACAGAAAAAAAUUGCUAUUACCCAAUAAAUUUUUUUCUACAAACAAAAAAUUAAAUAUUAUAAAUCCAAAAAAGAUAAGAAAUGUUGCAAUAAUUGCUCAUGUUGAUCAUGGUAAGACAACUCUUGUAGAUAAAUUAUUAAAGCAAGGUGGAGAAAUAACAAAUAAUGAGAGAGUGAUGGAUCAUAACGACUUAGAAAAGGAAAGAGGUAUUACAAUUAUGUCAAAGGUUACAAGGAUUAAAUAUGAUGAUUACUUUUUUAAUAUUGUUGAUACUCCAGGACACUCAGACUUUGGUGGAGAAGUAGAAAGAGUAUUAGGUUUAAUUGAUGGGGUAUGUUUGAUAAUAGAUGUUGUAGAAGGCCCUAAAAAUCAGACAAAGUUCGUAUUAAAAAAAUCUCUUUUAAAUCCUAAAUGCAAAAUUAUUGUUAUUAUGAACAAAUUUGAUAAACCAAGUAAUAUCAAAAAAAAAGAAGAAAUUGAAAAUGAAAUAUUUGAUUUAUUUGCUGACUUAAAUGCACCAGAUGAGUUAAUGAAUUAUCCUAUUUUAUAUGCAUCAGCUAAAAAUGGUUGGUGUACUGAUAACUAUGAUGAUGCGAAGUUAAAUAAAUGUGAAAAAAAUGAUGUUUUAGUUAUAUUUAAGAAAAUUAUAGAAUAUUUUGAUUCUCCUGUUUCUUCAUCUAAUAUAAAUAUUUAUGAGGAAAAUAUGAAAAAAGGAAAUAUACUUAAAAAAGACACAUGUAAUGAGAAUAUUGAGAGGAAUAAUCGUGUAGAUAGUAAUAUUGAUAAUAAUAAUGAUAGUAUAAAACUUUUGGAUGAUAAACAAAUAAUAAACAAUAUUAUAAAUGAACCAUUUAGUAUGCUAAUUAGCUUGAUAGAUUAUCAGGAAGGAGUAGGAGUUACAGUUACUGGAAAAAUAUACAGUGGUGUUAUAAAAAAAGGAGAUAGUAUCAUUGUGAAAAAUGAAGAAAAUAAAUUAAGGGGAAAUUGUGUAAUAAAAAAUAUAUUUUACAUGAAAGGAAGAAAAAUGGAGAAUACCAAUAUAGCCAGUGCUGGAGAUAUAGUAAAUAUUUCUUUUUCUAAAGGAAUAAUUCCUUCAGUUAAUGAUACUCUAACAUCUGAUGAAAAAAUUCAAAGUUUAAAAGCUAGACCAAUUGAUCCUCCUGUUUUAUGCUUAAAAAUAUCCCAAAAUACAAGCCCUUUAGCAGGAAAAGAUGGUAAGCAUAUAACUUUAUCAUCUAUUGGAAAUAGGCUAAAAAAAGAAGCUGCCAUAAAUGUUGCAAUUGAAAUUAGCGAAUCUGAAAAGAAAGAUAGUUAUGAAGUAAAAGGGAGAGGAGAAUUACAAUUAGGUAUACUAAUUGAAAAAUUAAGAAGAGAAGGAUAUGAAAUGACUAUAUCAUCACCAAAUGUUAUAUAUACUAAAGAUGAAAAGGGGAAUUUAUUGGAGCCAAUUGAAGAAUUCCACAUAACUAUACCAUCUACUAUAAGUUCAAAUGUUAUUGAAAAAUUAAAUACGAGAAAAGCAGAAAUUUUAGAUAUAGUAAAUGAUAAUGACAAUACUUUUAUUAAAUGCAUAUGCCCUUCUAGAAAUUUUUUUGGUAUGAGAUCUUAUUUGCGUGAUACAAGUAAAGGUACAUCAAUAAUUAAUUCUGAAUUAAAAGAAUAUAAAAAAAAACAAGCUUCAUAUAAAAGUGAUAGAAAUGGUGUUAUCAUAUCUUCAUCAAAUGGAACAACAACUGCUUUCUCAUUAGAUCCUAUUCAGUUAAAAGGUAAUUUAUUUGUAAAUGAAAACUUUCCAACUUACGAAGGAAUGAUAAUUGGUGAGCAUUUUUUGAGUAAUGACAUUGAGAUGAAUGCUGUUAAAGUAAAACCAGUACAACAUCUAAGAAAUAAAGGGCAUGAAGAAACUAUUAGAAUAAAUCACAAAAAUAUAAGUAUUGAAUACGCUCUCUCAUUUAUACAAGAUGAUGAAGAAAUUGAAGUUACACCAAAAAGGAUAGUUAUGAGAAAAAAAAUAUUAAAUAGUGAAUUAAGAAAAACAGCAAAUAGAAAAUCUAAAAAUUCGUAA